CCAGGGACAUGGGCCCAGUACCUGGAGGAGUUCAUGGCUGGCAGAGUGGCAUAUGGUUCCUGGUACGACCACGUCAAGGACUACUGGGAGCGCAGGAAGGAUCACCCCAUUCUCUACCUCUUCUACGAGGAUUUGAAGGAGGACCUCCGUCGGGAGAUUGCCAAGGUGGCCCAGUUCCUGGGGCAGAAGCUGUCGGAGGCAGCGCUGGACACCAUCACCCGACACACUUCCUUUGAGGCCAUGCGGGACAACCCUGCUACCAACUACAGCAAGGUGCCCUCCGACCUCAUGGACCACGGCGUGUCCCCCUUCAUGCGCAAAGGCACCACCGGAGACUGGAAGAACCACUUCACCGUGGCCCAGAACGAGCGCUUUGACCAGGACUAUGCGCAGAAGAUGUCGGACACCGACCUGUGCUUCCGCACUCAGCUCUGAGGAGGCACCGCUGCACACCCCCCAAAUCUGUCCUGUGCUGUGAUGGCACUGCUGCCGUUCCUUCUUCUCCCCUGAGACUGCUGGAGAGAAAUAAAAUGUGCUCCCUGA